AUGGCUUCGGAAGUGUCUAGGAAUCUAAGAGCGCAGCAGAUCUCCACGUUGGAGCGAAUGCUCCACCUCAAUAAAGAAGGGUCAGCUGAUUUGACAUUGGCUUCAAAGUCAGAGGAGAUCAUUUGGAAAGCGUUGGUUUUGGACCAGAAAUCGAGGGAUAUCCUAUCGUCGGUGUUACGGGUGAAUGACCUCCUUCGAUGCGGGAUCACGGUACACUCGUUGAUCAGCGGGCAACGGUCGAAAUUGCCCGAUGUUCCAGUGAUAUAUUUCAUUGAGCCCACGCGAGAGAACAUUGCGUUCAUCAUGGACGACCUCAAUGAGGACAGAUAUGAGUAUUUCUACAUAAACUUCACUUCGAACGUGGACAGAGCUCUUUUGGAAGAUUUUGCUAAGCAAGUUGCUCUUCUGGGAAGGGCGAGCCGGAUAAAGCAAGUUUGGGAUCAAUACUUGGACUUUAUUGUCACCGAGCCUAAUUUGUUCUCGUUGAACAUUGCCGAAAUAUUCACAAAUUUCAACAAGUCCGGCACGUCUGAAGAUACCAUACAUCGGUUGGUUGGGAAAAUCUCCGACGGGAUCAUGUCCUUGAUCAUCACAAUGGACGUGGUCCCCAUAAUACGAGCUCAGCAAAAUGGGCCCGCCGAGUUUGUCGCCCAGGAGUUGGAUUUAAAGAUUAGAGAAUACAUCAGCAAUGCGAAGCUGCUGGGGCUCGGGUUAGACUCCAAUGGAUCGUUGUCGUUGAGCCAGAGGCCGGUGAUUAUUCUAUUGGACAGAAACUUUGACUUGGCUUCCAUGUUUGCUCAUUCUUGGAUUUACCAAUGUAUGGUGAGCGACGUUUUCCUGCUCAAGAGAAACACCAUCAAGUUGAUAAAGCCGGGGAAGGAAGGAGAGGCGGCAUCGGUUAAAAACUAUGAUAUCGACCCUCGUGAUUUCUUUUGGAAUAAGUAUUCGCAAUUGCCCUUUCCCGAUGUCGUUGAAAAUGCAGAUUUGGAGUUGAAUGCGUAUAAGCAGGAUGCCAAGGACAUCACAAACAAGACGGGGAUCAGCUCGUUGGAUGAUAUCGAUCCAAAUGCCAAUGCAACUGCAAACAUACAACAGGCGGUGGAGAAACUCCCUGAGUUGACGGCGAGAAAGGCAACCUUGGAUAUGCACAUGGACAUAUUAUCGUGCUUGAUCAACGAAUUGCAAGAACGAAACUUGGACACUUUUUUCGAGGUCGAGCAGAAUGCCAACAAGGGCGACGCUAAGUUUCUAAAAGAGUUUUUGUAUUUGUUGCAAAAAGAUUCGACAAAGGACACUGCGUUGGACAAGUUGAGAACUUUUAUCAUUUUGACCUUGGUUGGCGACAUGAACCCGGAUUUCGUAGCCAAGGCAAGGACUAUUUUGAAGGAAAAGUACCCCGAGUUGGACAUGUCGGCACUAGACUACAUUCUCAAAUUCAAAGAAAACUCCAAGCUUGCAAAUCUUUCAAACUUGAACGACUCCAAUAACCAAAACUCAUACUCCAGUGCAUCCAACUCGUCGCAAAACUCGUCGGCUUUGCUAAGUGGGUUGUCUUCGAAGCUCUACGGGUUGACCGAAGGUAAGAUCUCGGAAGGAAUCAGCUCCAUUGCUUCUCGAAUCAAGAAUUUCAUCCCGGAGAAAAAAUCCUUGCCCAUUACAAACAUUGUCGAUGCCAUUAUGGAUCCGCAAAACUCUUCAGCACAAUCAUUGCAGUUGACCGAUGAUUAUCUUUACUUUGACCCCAAAUCGCGCGGAGGGGGCCAUUCCAAACAGCCCAAGCGCCAGUCGUACCAGAGCUCCAUUGUGUUUGUCAUUGGCGGAGGAAACUAUCUCGAGUACCAGAAUUUGCAAGAAAAAAGCCACGAACCGGGCAAGCCUCCAAAGAGUAUCGUUUACGGCAGCACGAGCAUCUUGUCACCCAAUGAGUUUCUAAAAGAGUGUGAGAAUUUAAGUAAGUAG